CAUGACAUUUGAACUGUCCAGUACUUUACACACUUUGAGAAAUUGCCUCACAUUGCGUUUAUUUAUUGUUUUAAAUAUCUUUACGUAUUCACGAUCUUUCUAUUUAAUUAUUUGAGUAAAAAUGUCGAAAAAACGCGGCAACAAAAAAAAUCAAGAUUUUGACGAUGAUUUUCCAGACGAUGAAGCAGCUAGUCAAACAACAGAAAUAACCUCAAAAUCGAAAGGGAAAGGAAAGAAAGGCAAGAAAGGAAACGUUAAGGAUACCGAUUCGGCUGACGGUGAUGAUGCAGUUAAAGUGACAGAAGACCAGGAUGAAGUGAUACCACAGAAGAAAGAUAAGAAAAAAGGCAAAGCGAAGGGUCGCAGAAAAGGAGAUAGUGAAAGUGAAGAAGAGGUGGUGGAGGUCGAAAAACCUGCAAAGAAAGGUAAAGCUAAAGGUCGCCGAAAAGGGGAUAGUGACAGUGAAGAAGAAGCGGUUGAGGUCGAAAAACCUGCAAAGAAAGGAAAUGCAAAGAAAAAGGGAAAGAAAUCCAAAAAGGAUGAUUCGGAUGAGGAGGAAGCUGAUAAGAAAAGUGAUACUGAAAGUGUGGAUGUUCCUAAGCCCGUUGCGAAGAAAACUGUUGCCAAGAAGAAAGGCAAGAAAGGAAAGCAGGAUGAUUGGGGUGACGAUAAGGAUUCCGACAAUGAGAUGCAAGUUGCUGUAAGUGAUGAUGAAAUUGCUGCGCCAGUGAAGAAAUCGCAGAAGCAGAAUAAAAAAUCCAAGAAAAUCGAACUGGAUGAGUCGUCAGAGGAAAGUGAUGGUUCUGAGUCGGACAUUCCAGUAGCUGCACCAGUUUCGAAGAAGAAAAAUAAGUCGAAAAAGCCAAACAAAGCACCAGCUAAAGUUGAGUCGGACAUAGAGGAUGAAGAUCUAUCCAACGCUGAAGAGGAGGAGCAAUUGGUAGUCGAACAAGCAGAACCAGAAGCUGUUGCAGAAAUUACGGACAAGCUGUCAACCGUGGAGAUAACCGCAAGUAAGUCUGAAGAAUUAAGUCAGGAAGACAACACAAUGGAUGCUGAUGAAGAAAACGACACCAGCGAGUCGAAAGAUGUGGCAAAGGACAAGAAACUUACGCACAAAGAGAAGAAGAAGUUGAAAAAGCAACAGGAAUACGAGAAACAGGUGGAAAUUCUGACGAAAAAAGGCGGCCAAGGACAUUCAGAGCUGGAUAGUAACUUUACAAUGUCUCAAGUCCAGAAGACCGGUGGUCAGAAAGCGGCACUCGAACAUGCCGUCGACAUUAAAAUUGAAAAUUUCACCAUAUCAGCGAAGGGUAACGAUCUGUUCGUCAAUGCAAAUCUGUUAAUCGCCAACGGUCGUCGAUAUGGUUUGGUCGGUCCAAACGGUCACGGAAAAACUACUCUCUUGCGCCAUAUUUCUACCAGAGCAUUCGCCAUACCGCCGAAUAUCGAUGUAUUGCUGUGCGAACAAGAGGUUGUGGCAGAUGAUAACACUGCAGUCCAGACCAUUUUGAUGGCCGAUGUGAAACGAACAAAAAUGUUGAAAGAAUGCGAAGAGUUGGAGAAGAAAGCUGAGGGUGGCGACCUAGAGGUGCAGGAUCGAUUAAACGAAGUGUAUGCCGAGUUGAAAGCAAUUGGAGCUGACAGUGCAGAGCCUCGGGCUAGACGAAUUUUGGCUGGUUUAGGUUUUUCGAAAGACAUGCAGGACCGAGCGACCAACAAAUUUUCGGGUGGAUGGAGAAUGAGAGUAUCGUUGGCAAGAGCUUUGUAUUUAGAACCAACAUUGUUGAUGCUUGAUGAACCUACCAAUCACUUGGAUUUGAAUGCUGUAAUUUGGUUGGACAAUUACUUGCAGGGCUGGAAAAAGACGUUGCUGAUUGUUUCUCACGAUCAAUCGUUUUUGGACAAUGUGUGCAACGAAAUCAUCCAUCUAGACAACAAGAAACUUUAUUAUUACAAGGGCAAUUACUCAAUGUUCAAGAAGAUGUUCGUUCAGAAGCGGCGCGAGCAAGUCAAGGAAUUCGAAAAACAAGAGAAACGAAUCAAAGAAUUGAAAGCUCAUGGUCAGUCGAAGAAGGCGGCUGAAAAGAAACAGAAAGAAGCGCUGACCAGGAAACAGGAGAAAAAUCGCAGCAGUAAAACAGUGAAAGCUGAAGAUGAAGAUGGUCCGCAAGAAUUGCUCGCCAAGCCGAAGGAUUACAUCGUCAAGUUUAGAUUUCCAGAUACGACGCCACUACAGCCUCCGAUUUUGGGUCUUCACAACGUGAACUUCAGUUUCCCUGGACAAAAACCACUCUUCGUCAAGGCUGAUUUCGGCAUCGAUCUAACCAGUCGCAUUGCUAUUGUUGGACCCAACGGAGUGGGCAAAUCGACCUUUUUGAAGUUGCUCAUGGGUGAUUUGGAACCGAACCAGGGAGACCAUCGCAGAAAUCAUCGAUUGCACAUUGGCCGUUUCGAUCAGCAUUCGGGUGAACAUUUAACUGCUGAAGAAAGUGCCGCUGAGUAUUUACAACGGCUAUUCGAUUUGCAGCACGAAAAAGCACGCAAAGCUUUAGGAUCUUUCGGAUUGGCCAGCCAUGCGCAUACGAUUCGAAUGAAGGAUCUGUCCGGUGGGCAAAAAGCUCGCGUCGCUUUGGCAGAAUUGUGUUUGAGCGCUCCGGACGUGUUGAUUUUGGACGAACCUACAAACAAUCUGGAUAUCGAGUCUAUUGAUGCCUUAGCUGAAGCCAUUAAUGAGUAUAAGGGCGGCGUUGUUAUCGUAUCGCACGACGAACGGCUGAUUCGCGAAACUGAUUGCACAUUGUAUGUGAUAGAGGAUCAGACAAUCAAUGAGAUUGAAGGUGACUUCGACGACUACAGAAAGGAAGUGUUGGACAGUCUCGGCGAGGUUGUGAAUAAUCCGUCUGUGGUCGCAAAUGCUGCUGUUCUACAAUAGAUAUCCCGCUUUUCAUUCGACUCUUAAACUGUUAUCCAU